UAGCAAUAAACCCUAUUCUACCUACCCACGGGCUGCCCGGCCAUUCUGUACAACUCACCUGGAAGGGGAUGAUGUGAAAGGCUAUUCCACCUACACAUCUCCCCUAGUGAAAUAUACGGACCACGGUUCUGUGAUUCUGGCUCACCCUGCGCCCUCCCUAAGGGAUGUCCACAUGACGGAGAUUGGUUCAGUUUAUAAGCAUGAAGAGGACUCUAGGUGUUAGUGGGGGAUCACUGUCCUGUGACCUCCCACAUACACCGGACAUGUAUGUCUUGCACUCUUUUGCUGUUCUUUUUGUGUGGAGUAUGCUUCCUUCACCAAUAACCGGGGACAAUCGAUACAAGCAAGGUGAUACGGUUGUGCUGUAUGUAAAUAAAGUGGGGCCAUAUCAUAACCCACAGGAGACUUAUCACUACUAUCAGCUGCCAGUGUGUGCCCCCACACAAAUCCGUCACAAGAGCCUAACCUUAGGAGAAGUGCUAGAUGGAGAUCGGAUGGCAGAGUCUAUGUACAAGAUAGCAUUUCGAAUGAACGUGGAAAGAGAACCCCUUUGUGAGCUCAAGCUGUCUGUGAGUCAGGUAGAGGAGCUGCGCCAGGCCAUAGAGGAACUAUACUACUUUGAGUUUGUUUUAGAUGAUAUACCAAUUCGUGGUUUUGUAGGCUACAUGGAAGAGAGUGGCUUUUUGCCACACACUCAUAAAAUUGGCUUGUGGGCUCAUCUUGACUUCAACAUCGAAUAUAACGAAGACCGUAUCAUAUUUGCCAACGUGAGUGUCCGAGAUGUGAAACCGUUUAGUUUGGACGAUGUGAGGGAGCCUCUCAGCUUGACUCACACUUACAGCAUACGGUGGUUCCCCACAACUGUGACCUAUGAAAGGCGUGGUGACCGUCUUAGAGACUCUAGCUUCUUCCCCAAAAGCUUGGAGAUUCAUUGGCUUUCCAUCAUUAAUUCCAUGGUGCUGGUUUUCUUGCUUUUGGGAUUUGUGGUGAUUAUACUCAUGCGUGUUCUUAAGAGCGACCUAGCACGGUAUAACUUAGAUGAGGAAGGAACAGAUGACAUGGAACAGGGAGACAAUGGAUGGAAGAUUAUUCACACAGAUGUUUUCCGUUUCCCACCUUAUCGAAGUCUCCUUUGUGCUGUGCUUGGAGUAGGUUCCCAGUUUCUUGCACUUGGAACAGGUAUUAUAGUAAUGGUUCUUCUUGGCAUGUUUAAUGUGCACAGACAUGGUGCUAUCAAUUCUGCGGCUAUCCUACUAUAUGCACUUACUUGUUGCAUUUCUGGCUAUGUAUCAAGUAAUUUUUAUCGACAGAUGGGCGGAUAUCGUUGGGUGUGGAACAUAGUCCUGACUACUAGCCUUUUCUCAGCUCCUUUUUUCUUUACUUGGAGUGUUGUAAAUUCAGUUCAUUGGGCCAAUGGUUCGACACAAGCCUUACCAGCAACCACAAUCCUUCUUCUCCUUACUGUCUGGCUUCUGGUUGGAUUCCCACUUACUGUAAUUGGAGGCAUUUUUGGUAAAAAUAGUGCAGGAAAUUUUGAAGCUCCAUGUCGGACUAAGAACAUUGCAAGAGAGAUUCCUGCUCAACCCUGGUACAAGUCUGCUCCAGUCCAUAUGGCCAUCGGUGGAUUCCUGCCAUUCAGUGCCAUCUCUGUGGAGCUGUAUUAUAUUUUUGCUACAGUGUGGGGACGUGAGCAGUACACACUGUAUGGAAUACUGUUCAUUGUAUUUGCCAUCCUACUAAGUGUUGGUGCAUGCAUUUCUGUGGCGCUGACAUACUUCCAGCUGUCAGGUGAAGAUUACCGCUGGUGGUGGAGGUCCAUUAUGAGUACAGGAUCCACUGGAGCCUUCAUCUUUCUGUACUCUGUUUUCUACUACUGGCGUCGCUCGAAUAUGUCAGGGGUUGUUCAAACUGUAGAGUUCUUUGGCUACUCUUUCCUUACUGCUUAUGUUUUCUUUCUUAUGCUUGGAACAGUCAGUUUCUCAGCAUCACUUCGAUUUAUCCGCUAUAUAUACAUUAACCUUAAAAUGGACUGAGGUAGUGAGCCAGCGAUCGUUUUUGUGCUUUAAAUGCUACGUAUGGAACUAUGGACCAAGUGUGAAAGAGACGAAGAGGGGCCGGAGAUCAUUCUGAUGCAGGUAGAGGGAUGUAUUCCAAUAACUGACAUGGGGAGCUGGGAGAGGCAUUCACAUGGAAAAUUAUUUAGCACAAGGAAUAAAGAUUGGAGAAAGGAUAAAGAUUGCUGUCAAAUAGUGAGAGAUUUUAAAGGCAAGUAGAAUCCUGAGAUCAGAAGUAUUUAAAGUACGAGUGUACUAUAGGUCUGCAAUCCUUUGUGGAAAGGUAUGAUAGACACCUGUUACUUUGCUGCAAGUCUUUUUCCAUUCCUGUUUCUCUCAGUCUGCAAAAUGUUUUUAACUGUAAAGAAUGCUUCCAAUGCCUUCCCACCUACCUGUCCUAAUCCAGUCUCCUGUGCUGCUGCACAAAGAGAAAAGUCUGUUUAUCACAGUCCUGCAUUCCCUCUGACCUGUACAAUUUGUCAGGAGGUCUACUGGAUUGGAUCUGGCCUGUCUUGUUACAUAGUCUUCUGGGUUUUCCUUGGCCUGUCAGACGGUCUCUCGCUCUCUAUUGGACUUCUGUACAAAUAUAUUUAUAUCUUUUGAUUUUCCUUUUUACAAAAUAAAAAAAUAUGUAUGAAAACAUUUCUUAUUUUAG